UCCUGUGCACACAUCAUUGCUUUUUGACUGGUGGCAAAACACGCCUCUGCAUUACUGUUACAGGCCGAUCCUCUGCGCAACAACUAUGAAUGUUUCCGGGGAGGAGGGAGAGAGCUUCUAUGGCACUUCUGGAGCUCUGUGGAAUUAUUCUCUUUCCAUUUUUUACAUCCUGAUUUUCAUCAUCGCAGUGCCUGGGAACAUCUUGGCUCUGUGGGCCUUCUUUCACCAGAAAAGCACAUCUCCAUCAAGAGUCUUCCUGAGAAACCUCUCUGUAGCCGACAUAUCUUAUGUCCUCGUCUUACCCAUGCGCAUAAUUUACCACCUAUCUGAUAACCACUGGCCCUUUGGACACAUCAUCUGUCAGCUGUUAGGCUUCUUGUUCUAUCUAAACAUGUACUGCAGCCUCUACUUGAUGAGUUUCAUCAGCCUGGACAGGCUCCUGGCUGUGGUUAUACCUUUAAAGUCACAAUCAUUCAGGAAGCCUUUGUAUGCAAAUGUAGCGGUUGGCAUACUGUGGGUGAUGGUUAUUGUUUGCAUGACUCCUACACUCUUUUCUGGAAGAAAACAAACCAACUCAUCUGGCAUUUGUAACAAACUGUACUUAGAAAAGACAAAUCCAACAGCUUUAAUUUCCACUAUUGUGGCAUUUGCAAUUCCCCUCAUCACUAUAGUGGUUUCAUACAUACUGAUCCUGCUGAAACUAAGAACAGUGCAGCAAAAUGAAGAACGACCGGUGAAAGACAAAGCUAUAAAAAUGAUUAUACUUAUUGUGAUGAACUUCCUGUUUGCAUUUGUGCCCUACCAUGUGUGCAGGAUAAUCUACAUUCAACAGCAGAGCCUUGGAAAUAUUACUGAGGGGCUGAGAAAAGCCAAUCAGAUAACAUCUGCACUCACCUGUAUCAGUGGUAUACUGGAUCCUGUCAUGUAUUUCUUUUUGAACAGUCUAUACAGGAAAACCUUUCUUAAGCUGUUCUGUAAAAAUAGGGAAGAUGUCAUAUAA